CGUUUAGUUACUGGUGGUUAAACAUUUAUUUUGACAGUGGUUCCAGCCUUAAUAAGGCAAUCUAUCAGAGUCUCACAUAUCAUCUGCUGUGUGAAGAUGGUGGAUUUUGGGGAGAUUCUGAGGACCAUUGGAGACUUUGGUUUGUUCCAGAAGGUUAUCAUUCUUGGGUUGGCCUUCCCAAAUUUCUUGCUACCAGUUUUCUUUUGUAGUUUUCUCUUUAUUCAGUCAGAUCCAGAGCGACACUGUAACACAGACUGGAUCCUCAGAGCUGAUCCUAACCUGACCACAGAUGACCAGCUGAACCUGACUCUGCCCCGGGAGGAGGAUGGGACCUUCAGCAGGUGUCAGAUGUUUAUCCCUGUGGACUGGGACAUCAGUGCCAUCAGGGAGUAUGGACUCAAUGAGACCACAAGGUGCCAGAAUGGAUGGGUGUACUACAACACAUUGUACGAUGCUACAAUAGUCACUGAUUUUGAUCUUGUCUGUGACAAGUCAAACAUGGCUGAAGUUGGGCAGACAGUUUUCAUGACUAGUUUACUUGCUGGUUCAUUCAUCUUUGGACCUAUAGCUGAAUCGUACGGCCGCAGGAGAACCACCCAGUUACCAACUGCCAUUGUGCUGCUAUUCGUCAUAGUUGCUGGUGUGUCUCCAAAUUUCUAUGUUUACAUAGUUUCACAGUUCAUUGUUGGAUCUGCACUGGCAGGAUACAGAAUGAACUCCACUGUAUUAGCUACCGAGUGGAUUGGCAUCACCAAAAGGUCCUUUGCCUCAUGUCUGAGCCAAAUGUUUGGAGGUCUUGGACAGUGUGCCAUGGCUGGUCUGGUCUAUGUUAUUCGUGAUUGGAGAGUAGCUCAGUAUGUCAUGGCAGGAGCACAGGCCUUUGUAUUCUUGUACAUAUGGUGGAUUCCUGAAUCUGCAAGAUGGUUGCUGGGACAGGGAAGAACCGAAGAAGCUAAUAAGUUGAUAUGUAGAGUUGCAGCUAUCAAUAAAAAGAAAAUCCCAGAGAAUCUGCUCAACAUGGUAACUGAAGAACGAGAAGUUCAGAGUGGAGGAAUCAAAACAAUUUUUACUUCAGCAAUCCUGACCAAGUAUUUUUUCAUCAUAUCUUUUGCCUGGUUUUCAUUAAAUCUAGGCUAUUUCUGCCUUGUUCUGAAUGUGGGUAAGUUUGGUCUGAGCAUCUUCCUGGUUCAGUUCCUAUUUGGGAUCUCUGAGAUUCCAGCGCAUCUCCUCUGUAUCUGGGUUCUGGAGUUGGUGGGGAGAAAAAAAUCCCUGAUAUCAACCCUCCUGACAGGAGGUUUCUUUUGCCUCUUAACCCUGGUUUUCCCUCCAGGCAGCGCUGUUAUUAUCACAGCCCUCGUAACCACAGGGAAGUUCUUUUUGAACUGGGCUGGUUCAGUAACUAUGGUCUACAUUCAGGAACUCUUUCCCACUUCUAUCAGGCAAACAGCUGUUGGCUUGGGCUCCAUAGCAUAUAGAGUAGCAGGGUUGCUGUCACCAUUGCUCAACAUGUUGGCUGUAUACCACCAGUCUAUACCCAUCAUAGUCUUCAGCAGCCUCGCGGUGGUCAGUGGAGCUCUUGUCCUCUUGCUUCCCGAGACCAGCAGAAAAGAGCUUCCUGAUUCAACUAAUGAGGCUGAGGGCAAGAGGGCUGUUUCCAGCAAGAAGAGUGGAAGUGACUCCAACAUGGCUGAAAACAGAAUAUCCACUAAACUCUAGUUUGCAUACAGUAUUUUUGUAGAUGUUUUGUAAUGCGUAACAUUAGCUGUAUAAUAUUUCUGUUUGGACUGUCUUCUACAUUUGAUAUUGCUGAGUCACAGUGUCAUCAGUCCCAGUGUGUUUGCCCAUAUUCCUGUGUCUGGCCUGAUUAUCUGUCUUUACUGCUGUCAGUAUUGCUCUUUAGGAAAAGUAAAUACUGAUGAGAAUGUACUUCUGUCUUUCUUGUGAGAAAGAAGUAAGGCUCUGUCAGCUCAGUGCAGCAGUAAAAUCUUCAACCUAUUAGGGCGAAACAAAAUGUAUCAUCUAGAACCAUGUACUGGUCCCAAGAGGGAAUGCUUGAGACAUGGUAUAUUAGACAAACAGCAGUCAGGAUUUCCUCCCCGUGAAACCUAUAGGAGCAGCCAGUUACUCAUGGUAAAAAAUGACAGCUGUUAGACUAGCAGCUUUACAGGUGGGAAUAAGGUGCAGGUAGGGCUGUGUCAUCCAUAGCAGUAGUGCAAGAGAGCAAAAUAAUGUUGUUUGAGAUUGUAUACAUGAGUACUAGUCUGGAAAUGUAAAUAUUUUUUCAGUUGGAGGCUGGGAGCGGGGAUGCACAACAACAUGCUGCACCGUUGUCACAUCAAUUUGGUUUUUAUCUACUCCUUGAUACAAAAACAUGGCACCAAAAGUAAAUGUAGACUAAAUAAAUUGUCUAAAAUUUAACCAUAAACUUCUGCAUUUGACUGGGUUGCACACAAAAAAUAUUUUCUAAAGGUAUGAUUUGUGACCUCCAGCUGCACUUAAGCAACUUCUUAUCUGUCUAAUAACACGCUGGUAUUGCUUUAUGAUUGGAUAACUGUCAAUCCAGCCUUGACUUUCCACUUGUAAGUUACAAAUUUACACAUAGGCUAACAGGCUGUUGAGCUUCACAUUUAACAGACAUCUGACCACAUCCAUAUGUUUAUAUUGUUUCCCAUGGUGGUAAUGAUCUGGUGAUUCCUAUAAUCUAAUGUAGGCCUCGGAGACAUACAGACAAGGCAUACAUGGUGGAAAUUAGACAAUGAAAUUUGUUCAGUCUUUCAAUUAAUUUGCUAUGGUGAGGUUUUAUCACUUGUUUUCAGGAAUUUAUGGAACAACUUUACUACCAAGGCACAUGGAGAAGGGGAAACAAGAGGUCAAAACACUAUUAUAAUAUCCUUUACAGCAUACAGUAAUACUUUUUUUAAUUGCGUCACUACAUUUACAAUGACUCCAUAUUAUGUAACAAGUUUACCUUUCAUAUAAGAGAAAGAGACAAGAAAGGUUUGAUAAGUCAGCAGAUUGUAAAAGUUAGUGAAAGAUCAACAGUUCUUUCUGUGAGAGAUAAGUCAUGUUACAGUACAUGGUCCACAAAGAAUCAGCCGUUAAACAGCACACUGUCAUUGUAACUGUAAUAAAC